GCAACAAUAAUAAUAAGCGCAGACACGCUAACAAGAACUUACGCCCCCCAGCCUCUGCCCUUCAGCACUCUUCUCCUUUUGGUAGAAGAAACUAAAGGAACCCUUCGAGUGAGAAAGGGCAUCAUUCGAAGUCAGCCGACUACGGUAAACAAACAUGGCAUUUUGACAUUCACGUCCCAGUUCCAGUUCCUUCACUGGAAACAAUCUUCUUUGUUCAACAGACAUAAUUGGCGCAAUUUAAAAUUGAAGAUCAUGGAGGACAGUCAUCAUAACAAUAGGGAACGGACGAAGAAAAGCCCACAUCCAAUUCCCGAAGUAAAAAUACAAAUUGAUUGUUCUUCCCGCACCUCUUCUAGUCACAAUCACAGAGGGGCCUCUUCAGAUGGAACUCUGACUGAGAAUUCAUCCUCUGAAACACCAUGGAGUCGGGAAGCCAAACGAACAAAAAUAUUUCACCCCAAACCUCCAAGGAAGGCUAAGGAGUUGUUCCCAGAAAGUUCGCACAGUUCCCACUCGUUCCUUGCAGAUGUGGCUGACAUGAGAAAUAUGGAGACGGCGCUCAUUCAACUAGUCAACGACUUCCAUUCUGGCAAACUCCAAGCAUUCGGUCGUCACUGCAGCACAGAACAAAUGGAGGCUAUUAGAGAUCAGCAGGAGAAAUUGGCGAGAUUGCACUUUGAACUCGGGGCGCAACACGAUGUUAACGCUCAGCAGACAUCGGACAACAUGAAUGAACUAGUAUCUGCGUUGGAACACCUCUCCCAAACCAUUGAACAAUUACAUCCACACUCUAGCCAGAGCCAAAGCGAUUCAAACUAGCAAGCUCAGGGCUGUGUACAGUAUCAAGAUCAUUAUUUUCAAAUUUGAUAUUACAUUUUUUGGUGCAUUUU